UCGAAGAGACCCGCGGAGAUGGCAUUUGGCUUUAUCAACAGGGCCUUCGCGGCCCUGUCCUCCGGGCGGCGCGGCAGCACGCAGAGCGGCCACAGCGACAGCACGACGGCGACCGCGACCGCCAAGGACGGCCAGGCCGCCACUGGGGCGGCAGCGGCAGCGGCCGAGGCGCAGGACGGCCUCAAGCGGCAGAUCAACGCGCGGCAGAUGGUGUUCAUGGCGCUGUCAAGCUCCAUCGGCGCGGGCCUGCUGGUGGCGUCGGGCCAGGCGCUGCACAACGCUGGGCCGGGCAAUAUGGUGCUCGGCUUCGCGGCCGUAGGCUUCGGCGUCGUGUGCACCAUGGCGGCGCUGGGCGAGAUGGCGGCGACGCUGCCGCUCAGCGGGUCCUUCUACACGUACACGCACCGGUUCGUGGGGCCCGCGGCCGGCUUCGCCAUGGCCUGGAACUUUGCUUUCAACUGGCUCAUCAUCCUGCCCUUCGAGAUCGUCACCAUCUCGGCCCAGGUGCGGCUCUGGGACACAACGGGCGCGGCGCACCCGGCGCUGGUCAUGGCGGGCUUCCUCGCCUUCGUCUCGCUCGUGUCCAUGAUGGGGUCCCGCUGGUUCAGCGAAGCCGAGAACUUCCUGGGCGGGCUCAAGAUCAUCGCCAUCGCCAUCUUCAUCUGUCUCGCCCUCUCGCUCACCACGACCGGCCGCCCCUACGUCGCGGACCGCGCCAUGACCCUGCCGCCGGGCAGGAUCGCCUACGGCACCACGUGGUGGCAGCGCCCGGGCGCUUUCCUGCACGGAUUCCAGGGCUUCCUGACCGUCUUCAAGAUCGCGGGCAUGGCCUACGGCGGCACCGAGACGCUGGGCCUGACGGCGGCCGAGUGCCUGCGGCCCGCGCGGCUGAUGCGCAUCGCCACCUACGUCACCUUUGUCCGCAUCUUCCUCUUCUACCUCGUCGGCCUCACCAUGCUCGGCUUCCUGCUGCCGUCGGACGCCAAGGAGCUGACGCCCUCGGGCGGCGGCGCCAACCCGUCCCCCUUCGUGCUCGCCAUGCGGCUGGCCGGGCUCACGGCCGUCGAGCACAUCAUCAGCGCGUGCAUCGUGGCCGCGCUGACGUCCAUGGCCAACGUGGCCAUCUUCGCCUCGUCGCGCGCCCUGCACGCCCUCAGCAGCAAGGGCAUGGCCCCCAAGUUCCUCUCGCGCACCACGCGCGGCGGCGUGCCCCUCCCCGCCACGGUCGUGGCCAUCUGCUUCGGCCUGCUCGCCUUCGUCGGCGCCGCGCCCGGCGGCCGCGUCAUCUUCUUCUGGCUCCUCUCGCUCGCCGGCAUGUCAAACUACUUCACGUGGCUCGCCAUCUGCAUCAGCCACGUGCGCUUCCGCGCCGCGCUCCGCCACAACGGCCGCGCCGUGUCGUCGCUCAGCUUCGCGAGCCCGUUCGGCACCUGGGGCUCGUGGGUCGGCAUCGCCACGUCGCUCGUCGGGCUCUGCUCCCAGAUCGCCAUGGCCUUCUGGCCCCUGACCCCGGGCCAGCCCAUCAACACCAAGGACGUGCUCAUGGACGUCACGGGCGCGCCGGCCAUCCUGAUACUCUUCGCCGCCUACUGGAUAUACCAGAGGCGCACGGGCCGCGACAGCCGCAUCCUGCGCCCCGUCGCCGAGAUCGACGUCGACACGGGCUUCCGCGGCCGCGCCGAGGUCGAGCGCGAGAAGGAGGAGCUGUCGGCCGCCGAGGCCGCCGCCACCGGCUCCACCCAGGCCCCCCGCCUGAGCAGCUAG